GUUCACCUAACAUUCUCUAGUUAUGAUUAUUUUGUUCUUGGUUUAGUGGUUUAAUUUUGUGGACUUAUCUCUUUGAUUAUCUGUUUGAUAGAUAACAUUCUCAAUGCAAUUGCUAAGCUGGGAUUUACUGAGCCAACACCGAUACAAGCUCAGGGAUGGCCAAUGGCUUUAAAGGGUAGGAAUUUAAUUGGUAUUGCUGAGACUGGCUCUGGUAAGACUUUGGCUAUUUCUCCACUUUCUCCAACUACAAGCAAUGUGUCAUCUCCUUGUGAUGUUAAGGUAGGUGAAGAACAUGUUUCUUUGACUAAGAGAAGAUUCAUGUCUAAGAAUAUUGAACCUAUACCUUUUGGGAAGAUGCAGGUGGUUCCUUUCAAUGGAAAAUUGGUUAAGGCCAAGAAGAGGUGCCAUUGGUGUGGAACCAAAGGAUUUGAGGAUUUGGUUAGUUAUCUGAGUUGUGGAAGAUAGUUCUUUUGUGUAGAUUGUAUCGAUAAAAGGUAUCUUGAGUUAUUAUGUUUGCUCUCGUACUUAUCUUGUUUACAGAGAGCACUGAUUUUUCUUAGUUGAGUUUAGAAUCAUUAUCUAGAUUAGUAUUUCCAUCACAGCAUAGUUAUAAUAAGAAGUAAUCCUAGAUUCAAUUAGUUUUGUGGAGCUAGGAUGUAGAGAGGGUUAAUCAUUCACCUGUGGCAAAAUGUUAGGAUACUCUUUCCUGCAAUUCUCAGCUGCAGUAACUUCAUUUGGGAUUGUUUCUGCAACUUCCUUAUUUCUAAUUUGCUUUCUUGUCUGAUUUUUUU